AUGGUAGCUAUGGUACAAUCGCGUUUGGCUGUGUUGACAGCCAUCACCACUAAGGCGCGUUUAUUGUUCCUGGCCAACCGAAAGGUCCCAGUCGUGUUGCUGCUGCUGGUGGCCGUGGGCAUAUACUCGAACAUGAUGUUUGUGUCGUCGUUCCGCUCCUCGAGAUACUCAGGACUGUCCCACAACAAACCCAAUGUUGACCAGUUUGACUAUAUCCCCUCGCAUUCGAGAGACCAGGAUUACCUGAGUCGAAUGGCUAUUUCUGCUGAAACUGUUCAGCUUAACUACAAGCCGAUGCUAUGGACCGGCUACUCCGGCGACCUGGACAUUACGGACCUUGCCGUGAGCGAUUAUUCGACCACGCCUUGUCGCUUUAUUCAGCACAAAGAAGGUCUUGGCGUGGCGGAUCAGAAGAUUCUUUCGGACGAUUUGGCAUCGGUCAGGAAACUGUUGAUAGCGACCUCAUACUCUGAGCUCGUGACCCAGAACGAGCCGGAAGAUGUUGAUGUAUCCAGUCUCGUGAACCUGAGAUGGGCCCGUUUUUCAGGUGCCAGUGUUUGGCUCGCUGAUUACAAUGUUCAUUUGCUGGUGAGCAGAGUGAUGUACGCCAAAGAUGGAGUUUUCGGGACUCCCACCGCGUCUUUCAUCAGAGCCCAGGUCUACGACCGCAACUGGAACGAGCUGAUGAACUAUUCACUCAAAUUGGUUGAUUCCAAGGGAGAAGUGUAUAAGCAGAUUACGUUCCCCACGCUCUUUGACGUGGGCUUCAAUCCGGAGACGGAUAGGGACAUGGCCGGAGCAGAGGACCCCAAGAUCGCUUUGAGGGUCAAUAGCGAUGGCAAGGAGGAACCCGUGAUUUUCUUCAACAUGUUCAAUGGAAAAAUCGCUGGUCGUCGCGCGUACCACGCUUAUUUGCCCUUUUCGAAACAUGACUACUUGGUUGGGUUCUCUGUUCCUGACGUUCCCCAGAAGGAGGCUGACAAGGAUUGGGUACCCUUCUUUGCUCGUGAUGUCGGCGAUUCUGGCGAGAUCACGGGUUUCGUGUAUUUCAUCUACCAGUUCAACCCCCUGACGGUAAUCAAGUGUUCCAUGGACUAUGGUGAGUGUCACGUUGCUUUCCAGCACGAUUCAGAGAAGUACCCCAGCUCCAUCGACUCUCACAUCACCAUGGGCUCGAACCUGAUACUCUUACCUCAGGGCGUUCCAACGGCCGAGUUUGGAGCAUAUGGAGCCAAAAAGCGCGAUGUCUGGGUUGGUUUCUCGAAUUUGAAAUUGUACAACUGUGGCUGUGGAGAUGCUACGUUCCGUCCUUCUCUGUUCGUGCUAAUUCUUGACGGCGAUAACUUCCGUAUUGAAUUUGGCACCACGAGCGUUGACUUUGGACUGACCGUUGCGCCGAUUCACUCUGAGAACGUUGCCUCGUGCCAGGCGGACGAUAAGAGCAUCCUCACUGUGGGGUCUGUUGGUUCGUGGGAUGUCACUAGUUACGACAAAGAGACUCAUCUUUAUGAAGACUACAUGUCCAUCGUUCUGACCGAGGCUGACCGCCAGAUUUCCGUUGUGAGGCUCACGGGAGUGCUCAACUACAUUCUGGGAUCGCGUCGUCUUGAGCAUAAAUCUAAGCGCGUUGCUGAAAGGUUGUAUGCAGAUGAGCAUGUUCAGCGGUCGAUCCGUGUCCAGCAGUGUGCACUGUACUCUGCCAAGGAUUAUUGCACGGAGUAUGCUGCGAAGCAUAGCUUUAGGGAGGAGAUGUGA